AUGUUUGCGCCUUCCAAGCAAUUACUUAAAGAGCCGAUAAUCCGACUCAAAUCCAUCAUCAGACAUUUAACAAUGGCCCCAGUUCAAGAGCAAAUUGCAAAACACUACGACUACCUCGUGAUUGGCGGAGGCUCCGGAGGAGUCGCCUCCGCCCGUCGUGCUGCGCUGUAUGGUGCCAAGGUUCUUCUUGUGGAGAGCAAAUUCAACAAGCUUGGAGGCACGUGUGUCAAUGUCGGAUGUGUUCCAAAGAAAGUCAUGUGGUAUGCUGCAGACCUUGCUCACAAAAAAGAGCACUUGAAAGCGUACGGACUCUCCGAUGACGGACACCAUAUCAAGCAUGGUGACUUCAAGUGGGGACUGUUGAAGGAGAAGAGAGAUGCGUACGUCAGCAGAUUGAACGGCAUCUACGAGAGGAACUUGAAAAAAGAGGGUGUCGAGUACAUCUUCGGACGUGGAGCGUUCGCCAACGAAAAUGGAGACGUGGAGGUCACUCUCAGUGCGGACCAAGAAGUACCUUUCUUGUCAAAAUCUUUCCAAAAGAACGACAAGCUCAUUUUCUCUGCAGACAAGGUUCUCAUUGCGACCGGUGGAUACGCUGUUGUUCCCCCAUCUAUCGAGGGCGCCGAGUUGGGUAUCACCUCCGACGGAUUUUUUGCGUUGAAGGAACAGCCUAAGUCUGUGGCCAUUGUUGGUGUUGGUUACAUUGGCGUUGAGCUUGCUGGAGUGUUCCAAAGUCUUGGAACCGACGUCAGUUUGGUUGCCCGUGGUGACACUGUUUUGAGAGCGUUUGAUGACAUCAUUCAGACCACUGUCACCGACCACUACGUCAACAAAUUGGGUGUCAAGAUCAUCAAAAACUCCGGAAGUGUUGUCAGGGUCGAGAAGAGCGGUGACAAGAAGAAGGUUUACUUGGGCAAUGGCGACGUGUUGGAGGUGGAUGAGUUGCUUUGGACUGUCGGCAGAAAGGCGUUGCUCGACAUUGGCUUGGAAAAGGUUGGCGUCGAGACGAACGAGAAGUCAGGCCACAUUGUUGCCGAUCAGUUCCAGCAGACUGCCAACAGCAAGGUCUACUCUUUGGGGGAUGUGGUUGGAAACCAUGAAUUGACGCCUGUGGCCAUUGCCGCUGGACGUAAAUUGGCCAACAGAUUGUUCUCCGGCCAGGAGAUUUUCGCCAAGGACCACUUGGACUACACCAACAUCCCAUCGGUUGUGUUUUCGCACCCAGAGGCUGGCUCGAUCGGUAUUACCAGCAAGCAAGCCAUCGAGAAGUACGGCGAAGACAACAUCAAGAUUUACAACAGCAAGUUCACCGGUAUGUACUACGCCAUGUUGGACUCGGAUGAGGAGAAGGCUCCAACUGCUUACAGAGUCAUUUGCGCAGGGCCAGAGGAGAAGGUCGUGGGCAUGCACAUCGUGGGAGACUCUUCGGCAGAAAUCUUGCAAGGAUUUGGCGUUGCUGUGAAGAUGGGCGCUACUAAAAAGGACUUUGACAACUGCGUUGCCAUCCACCCAACCUCUGCUGAGGAGCUUGUGACGAUGAGAUAA